UUGAAAUUCCCUCUACUCUCUAUUGAAUGUGUAUAUAGCUACAUACAUUCGUUACCGAAAAGUUUACCCCGAAAUAGUAUAUACUACUGUGAUUUCCAAUCUCCCAAGUGCAUUCUCACUUUGAUAUCCUUGAUCACUGCCAUUUUCCAGUCGUAGCAUUGCUCGAAAGGUCAUCCUGGGUGGUGAAACCAAGUGCGCAAUCUUCUCGCACCGUCCGCACUUCGUGUGAGGAUGGAUACCGUCUCUAGGGACGUUGAGAAGGCCGAGCAGCAGGCCGACCGUGGCCAUCUACCUCCUCCGUUUGAGAUAGAAUCACGACGGUUGUCUGAUUCCUCCAUAUCAUCUUCGAGAACCAGUGGUUCCAUCUCUAGCAUAGAUGGCACAGAUAUCUUCAGGGCCCCAACAUACCGAGACUUGGAGCGGCAUCCUACCGCCCUAAGUCGCAUCGCCACCCAGCGAAGUCAGCAUAGUGCGACAGUCGGGGCAAGCUUUCGGUCGAGGACCCCAAAGGGACCUCUGCCGGCCUUUGGGGCAGGAAAGCCAUAUCCACCACCACUACCGGAAAAGGAAGAGUAUGUGGUCGAAUUUGACGGUCCGGACGAUCCCUUACACCCUCAAAAUUGGAGUAUGAAACGAAAAGUGGCAACUGCCGUAAUACUUGCCUGGACGACUAUCAUCUCAUCUUUUACCAGCAGCAUCUUUUCUACAGUGACCGGUGACGUAGCCAGGGUAUUCGGGGUGUCCGUUGAAGUUGGCAUUUUAGGAUUGUCACUCUUUGUCCUUGGUUACGCGACCGGCCCUAUUAUCUGGGCACCUUUGUCUGAGCUCAAAGGACGUCGACUACCGAUCGUUUUGAGCAUGUUCGGAUUCACGGUUUUCCAAUUCGGCGUUGCAACCGCUAAAGAUCUCCAGACCAUCAUGCUCUGUCGGUUCUUCGGAGGUUUCUUUGGAGCCUCCCCUGUAGCCGUAGUUGCGGCUGUCUUCUCCGAUAUGUUUGAUAACCGCCUCAGGGGCCUCGCCAUCACACCGUUCUCUAUGACUGUGUUCACUGGUCCGCUUUUGGCGCCAUUCAUUGGUGGCUUUAUGGCUGAAAGCCACCUCGGCUGGCGCUGGACCUCGUAUCUCCCUGGAAUCCUGGGCGUCAGUGCAUUCGUUCUUAACUAUUUCUUUCUCUCAGAGACCUACCCGCCCGUCGUACUUGUUCAGAAAGCGGCCGAAUUGCGCCGUCGUACUAAGAACUGGGGAAUCCACGCCAAACAAGAGGAGAUUGAAGUCGACUUUGCCGAGCUUGUUCAGAAGAAUUUCAGCCGACCCCUCAAAAUUCUGUUUACGGAGCCUAUCGUUCUUCUUCUCAGCAUAUACACCGCUUUUAUUUAUGGUCUUCUGUAUCUUUUCUUGACAGCCUAUCCCAUCGUGUUUCAACAAAUUCAUGGUUUCAGUCGGGGCGUCGGUGGCCUCCCGUAUUUUGGCAUGAUUGUUGGUCAAUUCAUCGGUGGCAUGUCCAUUAUCCUUUCACAAGGAUGGUACACUCAAAAACUUGCUGCAAAUAAUAAUAUCAGCGUUCCCGAAUGGCGUCUCCCUCAUGUUAUUGUUGGAGGCAUCGCAUUCGCGGCUGGUUUGUUCUGGUUUGGUUGGUCCGGCUAUAAAGCGAGCAUCCACUGGAUUGUGCCGACGCUGUCCGGCAUCCUGACGGGAUUCGGGCUCUUGGUCAUCUUCUUACAAUCUAUAAACUAUAUUAUCGACGCAUAUAUAUUAUUCGCUGCCUCUGCCAUUGCUGCCAACGCGCUUCUUCGGUCACUUGCCGCUGCAGGAUUCCCGCUCUUCUCCCGGUUUAUGUUCAAUGCACUGGGAAUGAACUGGGCUGGUACGCUCCUUGGCUGCGUUGCGGCCAGUUUGGCGCCAAUCCCACUUAUCUUCUAUCUCUACGGCCAUCGGAUUCGUGCGAAGAGCCGUUUCACUCCGCAAUUUACCCCAGAGCAAGAAGUAGAUUAUCAACAAUAAAUCCCUUCGACUAAGAACCAAACAAAUGAUUUAAAUAGACUCGGAGGUGUUUUACGGUCCCACUGAGCUUUGAACUUUACUAGUCUAUUUUCGCCCACUUGACGUUAUCUGCCAUUGCUUGUCAUCGCAUGCUUUAUUCUCUUGAAAAAUCCCUCUGCGUUGAGCCCAUCAUGAGGGACAUGGACGUGGAACUUACACUAUAUACUACUUUAAUACCUGCUGCUUGUGAUACCCCUUAGUUAAUGCUGACUAGCACUGAGUCAGCAAUGAGAUG